GUUGAGUUUUUUUAGGAACGAAAGUCCUGUUUUUUUUCAGGUGAAAGAGUUGAGCUCUUUUUUAGGGAGAGGAAAGCCCCAUUUUUGGGAGGUGCAGGGAGAAAACAUUGAGCUUUUUUUAGCUGAGCCAAAGUUGUUAAGCUUCUAUGGGGGGAGCCAGUGAUCUACCGGUAGAUCACGAUCUACCUGUUGGAUGUGCCUGGUAUAAGCUGAAAGCACAUGAAGUCCACCUUGCUGCAACUAAUCAGGUCUGGAUCAGCACUUGGUUGUAUGACCACAUUUGUUCAUAUAUGAUUGCAUUAACGUGUGGAAUUAGUGUUUUACAGCUCAAAAACAUAUUCUGAGUGAAUGUGUGGGGAAUGUUUCUGCCAUACCUAGACCUAAAGGGACAUGGGUGGCUCUGUGGUCUAAAUCAGCGUUUCUCAACCGCUGUUCCGUGGCACACUAGUGUGCCGCGAGACGCUGGCUGGUGUGCCGCGAUGUGCGGCGACGAGAAGGGCGAUUUGCAUUGUCACGUGCCUGGCGGCCGCCAAUAACUAACACUGACCCGCCGGAAAGCAAUAUUUCUCCUCCUCUUUCCCAAAGCUCAGUGCAAACGAGCCUGGCGGCCGCCAAUACACAACACUGACCCGCCAGAAAGCAAUAUUUGGCAAGUGUUUCUUACAGUCAUAAUUAUAAUAUAGGGCGGCACAGAGUUAAUUUUUUUAACUUUUUAAAUGGUGGUGUGCCUCGUGAUUUUUUUCACGGAACAAGUGUGCCGUGGCCCCAAAAAGGUUGAGAAACACUGGUGUAAAUCACUGAGCCUCUUGGACUUGCCGAUCAGAAGGUCAGCAGUUUGAAUCCCCGCAAUGGGGUGAGCUCCCCUUGCUCUGUCCCAGCUCCUGCCAACCUAGCACGCCAGUGUGAAAAGAUAGGUACUGCUGCGGUGGGAAACGGCGUUUCUGUGCACUCUGGCUUCUGUAAUGGUGUCCCGUUGCACCAGAAGUGGUUUAGUCCUGCUGGCCACAUGACCCGAAACGCCUGCUUCCUCAGUCUGAAAGCCAGAUGAGCGCCGCAAGCCCAUAGUCGCCUUUCACUGGACUUAACCAUCCAGGGGGUCCUUUACCUGGACUACAAUUUCAUAAGGUCACCAGAUCCCCAUUCUUGCCCCACAAGGUAAUUGCUGCAGUUAAAGUCAGUGUUUAGCACUGGACAGUGACUCAUUAGUUCUGCAGAAGAGAGGAAUGCAAUAAAACAGAGGUAUUUUAUUUUCUGACUUGAUCAUUUCAUAAAUGGGCUCUUGAGAUAGCAAAAACAGUGUGUCUCUUCUUCUUUGGGUCUUGCCCAAGCACGGAAACAGCUUGUGACUGAGAGUUGAUUUUGCUUUCAGCCUCAGCACGGUGGAGUGUGUUGAAAUUCAAAAAGAGCACAUUUUAAAUUUAGUUUGGCCUUGAGCAACGUGACUUGCUAUUGCAGCAGUCCUUUUUGGGAGCAAUGGAUGACUCAUCUGGUCAGGUGACAAUCUUUUCUUUGCUGUGUCUUCCUGAAAUGCCUUCUUUCCUAUCUCUUUGGUGUGAGAGCUAGGAGCCAGGAAGGCCAAUCAUUUGCUUUUUCCUGAUAUCUUAGAGCUUGUGUUUGGAUUUCUUCAUAAGACUUGUGGAUUUUUUUUUUGUUGCUUCCCCUAAGCUAGCUGGACAGUAAAGAUGGAUUUCUCCAAACUUCCCAAAAUACGUGAUGAAGACAGAGAGGAUGCCUUUGGCUAUGUCUUUGGAGUUUCAGGACCUGUUGUCACUGCCUGCAACAUGGCAGGUGCAGCCAUGUAUGAAUUGGUACGAGUUGGCCACUGUGAACUUGUCGGAGAAAUUAUCCGGCUGGAGGGGGACAUGGCAACUAUUCAGGUAUAUGAGGAAACCUCUGGUGUUUCUGUAGGAGACCCCGUACUUCGUACUGGCAAGCCCCUCUCGGUGGAGCUUGGCCCUGGAAUCAUGGGAGCCAUUUUUGACGGUAUUCAGAGGCCUCUGUCACACAUCAGCGCUCAAACCCAGAGCAUUUACAUCCCCAGAGGAGUAAAUGUGACAGCUCUGAGCAGAGAUCUCAAAUGGGACUUUUCACCUGUCAAAAACCUGCGGGUUGGCAGUCAUAUCACAGGUGGUGAUAUUUAUGGCCUAGUGACUGAGAACUCUCUUAUCAAACACAAGAUCAUGUUGCCCCCGCGAAACAGGGGUACAGUGACGUACAUUGCUCCACCUGGGCAUUACGACACAUCUGAUGUUGUGUUGGAGCUGGAGUUUGAGGGAGUGAAGGAGAAAUUCACUAUGGUCCAGGUCUGGCCUGUACGGCAAAUCCGCCCCGUCACAGAAAAGUUGCCCGCCAAUCACCCUCUCUUAACUGGUCAGAGAGUCCUUGAUGCACUCUUUCCGUGUGUUCAAGGAGGCACAACGGCUAUUCCUGGGGCUUUUGGCUGCGGAAAGACUGUGAUUUCUCAGUCUCUAUCCAAAUAUUCCAACAGUGAUGUUAUCAUAUACGUAGGCUGUGGGGAACGAGGAAAUGAAAUGUCUGAAGUCCUCAGAGACUUCCCAGAGCUCACAUUGGAGGUUGAUGGUAAGGUCGAAAGCAUUAUGAAGAGAACUGCUCUGGUAGCAAACACCUCCAACAUGCCUGUCGCUGCCAGGGAAGCUUCCAUCUACACUGGGAUCACCUUGUCUGAGUAUUUCCGCGACAUGGGCUACAAUGUCAGUAUGAUGGCUGACUCCACAUCCCGAUGGGCGGAGGCCCUUCGAGAAAUUUCAGGACGCCUCGCUGAGAUGCCUGCUGAUAGCGGUUAUCCAGCCUAUCUCGGCGCCCGCUUGGCUUCUUUCUAUGAACGGGCCGGCAGAGUGAAGUGUCUGGGGAACCCAGAGAGGGAAGGGAGCGUCAGCAUUGUGGGAGCUGUAUCUCCUCCAGGCGGUGACUUCUCUGACCCUGUUACUUCUGCUACUCUGGGCAUCGUUCAGGUGUUCUGGGGCUUGGAUAAGAAGCUUGCUCAGCGUAAGCACUUCCCAUCUGUGAAUUGGCUGAUCAGCUACAGCAAGUACACACGCGCUCUAGACGAGUACUAUGACAAGCACUUCCCAGAGUUUGUCCCCUUGAGGACUAAAGCAAAGGAGAUCUUGCAGGAAGAGGAGGAUCUUGCAGAGAUUGUACAGCUGGUGGGGAAGGCUUCCUUGGCAGAAACAGACAAAAUUACAUUGGAAGUUGCCAAGCUCCUUAAAGAUGACUUCCUGCAACAGAAUGGCUACACCCCUUAUGACAGGUUCUGCCCAUUUUAUAAGACAGUGGGAAUACUGUCCAACAUGAUUGCGUUUUAUGAUAUGGCACGUCGAGCAGUUGAGACCACUGCCCAGAGUGACAAUAAGAUCACUUGGUCCAUCAUCAGAGAGAACAUGAAUGAGAUUCUUUACCGACUCUCAUCAAUGAAAUUCAAGGACCCAGUGAAAGAUGGAGAGGCAAAGAUCAAAGCAGACUACGCCCAGCUCUUUGAAGACAUGCAGAAUGCGUUCCGCAGUUUGGAAGACUAGAGUCACGACUCUCCUGGAGCCCCACUUGAGUGUUUUCCUCAUCUCAGUCUUCUUGCUUUUCCAUGGAUAGAAGAUGUACACUUCACUGAAGAUUUCCUUUUAUCUUUGAAAACAUUCCCAUUUAGUUUGAUAGCUGUGUGUUUGUGUGUGUAAAUCUGAGCUUAAGAGCGUAAAACAGGUUUUGUAAAGGUCCCUCUGAGGUUGAAAGUCUCCUUUACCAGAUUUGACCUCUUAGCUGGCAGUUUCCCUUUCUUUGGAAGAGAACCAAGGGAGCUCAAGAGUUUUUCUGGGAGAGAAAAAAGCCCCACAUAUGCUGCUGUAUACGUAUAGAUGGCAUUGGGGCUCUUGAACCCUUUUCCCUGGAUUACUGCUAUUCAUUUGAGGCAAUUCUGAUGCAUCAGCGAAAGGAUUUAUUUAUUGUACUUUAAUGUUGCUGCUGCUGCUGCUACCCUGAAAAAAAAAUCAAAUCUAUUGUUAAAAUUACUUAGCUACGAUAUUAUUUCACUAUCUUCCUGUUUCAUUCAGUGUGUUGAAAAUUUGCAGGCUUGUGGGGCAAAGAGGAGUGCCCAACAGCAAGAUUUCUGCUCAUCUUACCUGAGGAAACGCAAUUUUCCUUAAAUACGGAUUACAUUUAUUAAUCACAACCAUGGAUGCUUCCAGCUAGUAAUAGGUUCUACUCUCUUCCUAGAUCACCUCCACCCCCAAAUACAGAAAUCAAGUCACAUCUCUGUGUGCUGCAGCUUAAUAUAUAUAUAUUUUCCUAUAUGCAGUGGAAUAAGGCAGAAACUUAGUAAUUGUUUUUCAGUGGGCCAAGGCAGCAGUCCUCUCCUCUGCCUCCUGCCUGCGUUAUUCUUUACUGUUACCGCAACGAUUAAAGCAAAAUUGGAAGCCACACAUUUUUUACUUUGGAUUUUUUCCCCUCAAUCACUGGAAUAGCGGAACAGUAGUUCUUAACGUUAUAGGGUAGGGGUGGGGGUAGAGAUGGGAAGGCCUGGGGGAAAAACAGAAAAUUUCAGGAAAAAAAACAGGUUUCCCUCUGUGUUUUUUCCCCAAAGACAUUUUUUCCCAGAAAUUUCUUUUUUUGCGGGGCGGGGUUUGAUAUAGUUUGAAUAUUCCACUCACUUUGUCCCCCAUCUUUCUGGGGGGGGAAACAGCUUUGGGGGAAAACCGGAGGGGGGACCUGGUUCCCCCCUCCUCAAUUUUUCUGGUUUCCCCCCCAGGCUUUCCCAUCUCUAGAUGGGGGGGGGGGCCUUUGGCUGUCUGAAUUUUACUGGACUCCAGCUCCCAUCAGUCUAAGGCACCAUGGAUGGUGGUUAGGAAUGAUAGGAGUUGUAGGCAGACAACAGCUGGAGCCCAUAGGUUUCCCCAUCCCUGUGGUGGAGGAAGAGAAUAUAGAGAAUUUUUCAUUUUACAGAGCUGAUUACUCUGGGAUGUUUGCCCUGCUAGUCUUGUCUUGCAAGACACGUGGGCAAUAUUGCUCAGUUUACCUUCUAGUGUGCAGGGUGGUAUUUUCUCAUCAUGGAGAAGCUAAGUUACUUUUCCUGGUGCUCAUGUUCUAAUUACAGUUUCAAUAAUGAAGAAAGACCUUAGUUUUCACUGAAUAAAUGUCUAGUGCAGGCAUCCCCAAACUGCGGCCCUCCAGAUGUUUUGGGACUACAACUCCCAUGAUCCCUAGCUAACAGGACCAGUGGUCAGGGAAGAUGGGAAUUGUAGUCUUAAAACAUCUGGAGGGCCGAAGUUUGGGGGUGCCUGGUCUAGUGCCAUUGUGUCACUGCUGCAAAAACACGGGUUCCCAGCAAAAAAAACCACCUAAUGCCCCUUCUGGGUGAGUUUCCUGUUCUAAACAGCAGAAAACCUGCUCAACAGAGUUGCAGAAUGGUUAUAAUUGCAGGUGACACUUGUACAAGUUAAAUGCUCUCUAUAUAUCUCCACCCAAAAAAUAAAAUAACAUUGCCAGGAAGUUUCUAGGUUCCUAACCCCCAGGUGUAUCUUGUCUUUAAGUUAAAUGCCAGUUAAAACCUAACUGUAUUUGACAUUAUUGUUGGUUCUGCAUUGAGUGUUAAUUUCCAAGCGUGGUAUGAAUGAUUUGUGCAAACCCCACUUUUGCUGAAAACCUAAUUGACUGUGCUGUGCUGUAGCAUUUCAUGCCUAUGAAACCGAUAACUACUUUAAGAGGAUGCUGUAAAAUUUUAUGAACUAUAUCUGAAAUAAAGAUGUCUAUUUAUUGUGCUGUA